GCUCCAUCGUCAAGACAAAGCAGAAUUAACCUUUUUCUUUAUUCUCUCUGCUGUAAAGUUCAAUCCGCACACUGUUCAUAUUUUUUUUUUUUCAAGAAAUGGCUUCUCUUACGCCUAGAGUGUUAAUCAAGCUUCUCCAGACAAUGAACACAAACAUCAAGGUCCGAGGAGAAUACAGGUCUGUUCUUUUGCAGGUGAUCAGCAUUGUACCUGCUUUAGCUGGCUCGGAGCUUUGGCCAAACCAAGGCUUUUUCAUCAAAGUCUCAGACUCCUCUCACUCCACAUACGUCUCACUGAGAAACGAAGACAACGAGCUCAUCUUGAACAACAAACUGGGACUUGGACAGUUCUUCUACGUCGAUAAGCUUGAAGCUGGGACACCUGUUCCUGUAAUGGUGGGAGUUAGACCCAUCUCUGGACGCCAUCCUUUUGUUGGAAACCCCAAAGAUUUGAUGGAGAUGUUGGUUCCCACUGAGACAACAACACCUCUGCAAGAAGAACAUCACAAACAGAAGAAGCAGAAAGAUGGUGGGAGAUCAAACGCGGUGGAGAAGAAUCUAAGAAGACGUCAAGAUUUUGUAAUCAAGGAGGAGAAAACAGGUGUGGCGUCAAGAUAUAUGCAAGGUGUUUCAAACAUAACAAGGGUAAGUGGAUCAUCAGACUCGAGUAGCAACAAUGAGAGCGAGACUGGAUCAGUGAAGGCGACUAAGAGAGUUGGUGGUUUGGCUAAGGGCAAGCAGAGGAAGGAGGAGCAUAAAGAUCAGGUACGUCAAGCUGGUGCUCCACAAUCUCGUCCUGCGACAGCUCCAACGAAGGCAGAGCCAAAGAAACUCUCUCUGAGCUCCACUGUGAAUUGCGCAAACAGGAAGAGUAAUUUUUCUGAGGAUGCAUCAUGGAGAUCUCUGCCUGCUAAUCUAACAAAAAUGGGUAAAGGAAUGCUGAGGAGGAGAAAUAUUGCUGCUCUGCUUGCUGCAGAAGCACAAAAAGAGGCAUUGGCUGCUUCACAUCUUCUCAAGUGUAUCAGUAUGUUUGCUGACCUCAGCUCAAGUGCUUCGCCAAAAAAUCCACAUACCUCUCUCAGAAGCUUCUUCACCCUCCAGAGUCUCCUUGAUCAAACACAAGUCACAGCAGCUGCUCCACCGAAAGAUAAAUCACUCCAACUGUUGAGCAGUAGUAAUCCAAUAAUACGGACGGAGCCUGACAAGUUGAGCAAAAGAGCGAGUCUACUAACAUCAAGCAGAGCCACAACGAAGUCCUCAUCAAAAACUCUAACACAAGCCGAAAAGCUAGAGUGGGUCACAGGAAAUGGUGGUGGUACAGAAGAGAUGAAAGCAAUGAGAGAGAUUAUGACACAAGAAACAAGAAGCUGGUUUAUGAGAUUCUUGGAAGAAGCGAUAGAUACUGGAUUUCAUGCUAGUGUCCAGGUGAAGAAAGGUAAAACAAAAGGAGGACGUGGAGAGGAACCAGAUAAUCAUAUCGCCGAGACUUUAUCCCAGCUUAAGCAAGCAAACGAAUGGCUGGAUAAAGUUAAAAGUGAUGAUCGCUACUCUAGUGAUGAUUCUUUAUUAGAGAACAUAGAACGUUUGAAGAAGAAAAUAUACUCUUGCUUGCUACUUUAUGUUGAUUCAGCUGCAUCAGCUAUCGGAGUAUCAACAAGCUCGUGACUGAUAAAGAUGAGCUAAGCAAGCUGCCAUGCAACAACGAAAUAGCUUUACUCAUUGAACUAGAACCUAAGCUGUAAACAUUGUGUGCAUUUACUUGUAUAUAUUAGAAAAAAGAUAAUCAUACA